CUAAUUACUCAGGAGGAGGAUUGUUACCUGGACCUGCCCCGCCCCCUGUCACUCUGUACUCUGAGGAACACCUGGGAGCACAGKACAAGCAGCAGGACUUUACAGAGAAACACGCCGUGCCUCCGACACUGCUCCCCACCUGCCACACAGUCAUCUGCUGGGCCUACGAGGAGGUGCAUGCUGGAACACAAGGGUUCUCCUCCGCACUGCAGGUCGGGGAGGGGGGCUUCGGUGUCGUGUACCGAGCAGCCCUGAGGAACAUGGACUGUGCCGUCAAGAAACUCCGACAGGACUGUCUCAUGGACUGGUCUCAGCUGAGGAGGAGCUUCCAGACUGAAGUGGAGAAACUGUCCAAAAGGACCUGGUCGAGGAGGUGGAGGAUGCUCCAAAGGGUUUGACGACAGAGACUUGGAGGAAACAUGUGGAUCGACGGCUGAUUGCAGGUUCUGCUGAGCCUGAUGGGUUCCUGCAGGUGGCAGCUCUGGCACACAGAUGUUUGAACAAACAGAGGAAGAAGAGACCGGCUAUGACUCAGGUUUUUCAUGAACUUCGGGACCUUGAAUCCAUUGUGAGGAGAGCCUCUUCCUCCCCCUCCCUUCAACAGUUCCAGAACCCCUACCAGUCCUUCCCCAGACCACCACGGUCUCUGGACUCCUGUGUAGGCUUGGUUUCUAAUCCAGAACCUUUGAAGGUCAUCUGUUCUCCCCCACAGUCCUCCCAUCUCUGCUCCCUCGCUCAUCCUCACCCACUCCACUCCUCCUCUCUGCCGACCCCCUCCUCCUGCUUGGGUGGUCCGUGUGAGACAGAUGAAAGUCGAGGCUUCUCCCAGUACAAACUCAACUCCCUGUUUGGGUCCAGUGAUACCAGUUACAGAUCCCAGAACCACAGUCCAGCUGGACCUUCAGGUUCCCAGUGCAGCCAGCCAUCUGUUCCCACUGAAGACCAGUACAGCUUCUCCCCCCCGCCCAGCAUCAGUCCUGACCCCCCUGGGCCCAGGGUUCUGGAGCCAGGCUUCUCUCCUGCAGGGUCUCUCCAGUCCAUCGAACCUGAGCCCUCAGUUCUGCUUAAUCCCAGCAAACAAAGACUGCUCGAAAAGAAGACCCAGUAUGAGGCGGGCCGGAUCAGAACAUCAGAGCUGCUGUCGUUUCACCACCAGGAUGGAGAGACCAGUCCUGUGGGGACUAGAGGACCAGAAGAAAGUGAUGAACUGGACUAUCUUCAGUCUAAAACCUCCUGACAAGUUCCUGUGAUCCACAGAAACAACAGGAAGUCAGAACGUGUUCUGACAGGAUGAAACUCUGAAGCUGUAGAAAAUAUUUAACUGGAAAUAAUUCUUUAUAAAACACCUGCAGUCAUCUGAACCAAUCAGAUUCAGUCUGGUUGUAAGAACCAAUCAGAUUCAGUCUGAUGUAAGAACCAAUCAGAUUCAGUCUGGUUGUAAGAACCAAUCAGAUUCAGUCUGAUGUAAGAACCAAUCAGAUUCACCCUGGUUGUAAGGACAUUUUCCAGCUCUCGGUGCAGGAGACAAUCUGGGUGAAAACAAUUGAAAUGUUGACGGGUCAGAAUUGUAAGUUCUGGUUCUGCUGAUGAACAUAUUGAACCUUUUCUUCUGGACUUCAUUAAACCUGUUGGACCAAAGAUGUUCACAUCUGACCAAAAGGAGCUGAGGACUGUGAUUGGUUACUGCUGUCUGUAGCUCCACCCUGCACCUGGUUACCAUGUUGAGGAGGAAGUGAUGUGAACUAAAGAGUUGUAGAUUGAAUGUCCCGCCUUCUCCUUUGUAGACAUUUAGGCUCCGCCUACUCACUCUCAGUCAUGGUAACUUUUUAAAGUGCAAAAUAAGUUGUGGGAACAGAUCUGCUAACCCACUUAUCCUCUAACAGCUGAACAAGCUUCUCAUGUCGGGGAUUAGCUACAUUAGCUUAACUUUGCAAACUGUUAACAGACCAAUUAGCAUCCGCUAAAUUGGCUGGCACUAAUUUUAAGUCCACUGAACAAUUCAUGAAUGUAAAACCUUUAUGUCAUUUAUCCCAACUUGAAUAAAAUGUAUCCURUCUCACAGACAA